AUGCUGGCAGGAUUCCAUCCUCGACAACCAUGGCACCGUCUACCAACCCGCCUGCGCAUCCUCUGCCUACAUGGGUACACGCAAAAUGCGGAAAUAUUCGGUAAGCGGAUAGCGGUGCUUGCCAAGGAUCUAAAGAAUCUGGCAGAAUUCGUCUUUAUUAGCGCACCACAUGUUAUCCCUGAGAAUUCUCCACAGACCGAUGCCGAGAGGGUAACCUACCCAGAGGGUGAUGGACAACGAAGAUGGUGGAGGGUAGAUGACGAAAGUCAAGCAUACGAAGGAGCCGAGGAGAGUUUGGAGUUUGUGAAAGGGAUAUGGAAAAGUCAAGGGCCUUUUCACGGCAUCCUCGGUUUCUCCCAAGGCGCGACAAUGGCAGCAUUGCUUGUGCCAAUCCUCUCUCCUUCGCCACUGUUUUCCAUUCAUUUCAGCGGAUUUCUACCCAAAUCACCUGCGUAUAUUGUACUGCUUGAUUCAAUCCCACCUCAGAUACCAUCUCUUCAUGUGAUGGGACAAGGUGACACAUGGGUGAGCAUAGAGCGAAGUAGAUAUUUGGCUGAAAGAUUUGGGCAAGGAAGAAAAGUGGUCGUCCAUGACGGAGGACAUUUCAUUCCAACAAAUGCCGAACACCGUCGGACGUACCGGGAGUUUGUUGCACGGUUUAUUGAACAACAUGAUAGUGAUAGUGUAGACUCCAAGAAAGCCGAUAUGGAAAACGCAUGACUAGAUUGCGUUGGAACACUGAUUUCCCGUG